GCAUUGUGUUUUAUUUUUCUUGUGUGCUUUGUUGGUGUUACUACUGCUUUAUGUUUCUAUUGCUUAACGAUUAACUAGUAUUUGAUGCUCGCUGGCAGUAAGUGCAUUUAAAGUGUUGGCAAUAUUUGUGAUAAAAAAUAGAUAAAUGAGGAAAAUUCAAACUAGUUGAGCAAAUAGAAAUAAAGUAUUUUAUUUAGCGACUGCAGAUAAAACACAUUCACUAAGCACAAUGAAGACGGGGCUAUCCCCGCCAUAUGAACUCCCACUAUGGCCUGGGCCACAGUCGUUUACGUCUGCAUCGACGGCCGCAACCACUUACAUGGAUGAUUUUGAGAAUAUCAUUGCCAAGGGUAAAGAACCGGUGAUGACCAAGGAGUACAAGCCCCAAAUGGCUAAUGAGUUUGAGCGUUAUUUGAAUCCACAAACUUUGAAAGGGCAUGUUUUUCGUAGCGAGAAGGUUCGUAAAAUCAUCGCACAUUAUGCGCAAGUGAAUAAUUGCCCAGUGAAGCAGAUUGAAAAGCAGGUGAAAGAGAUUAUCGAUGAAAUCGGUUUGGAGCGUAAUCUGCCGAUCAUACGUUGGUGCGGUAUGGCCAUAACGGCAAUUGCAAAACGCAUCCUCUCGGGAAUUUAUGUAAAUGCGAGAAGCAUUGGAACAGUGCGGGAACAGCUGGGACGAAAUCCAGUUUGCUAUUUGCCCAGCCAUCGAAGCUAUAUGGAUUUUGUAUUAAUGUCAUACAUUUGCUUUUAUUAUGACAUUGAAAUACCUGGUAUAGCAGCAGGAAUGGACUUCCAUGCCAUGUUUGGUAUGGGCACAAUGCUACGUAAAACCGGUGCUUUUUUUAUGCGACGCUCCUUCUCAAAAGACGAGCUUUAUUGGGACAUUUUUCGCGAAUAUAUGUACGCAUUGAUCUCUGUUUAUCACAUAGGAGUUGAAUUCUUUAUAGAAGGAACACGCAGCCGCAAUUUUAAGGCGCUCGUGCCAAAAAUUGGCCUCCUUUCGAUGGCACUGCUUCCCUACUUCACCGGCGAGGUGUCUGAUGUCACCAUCGUGCCAGUGAGCAUAUCCUAUGAACGUUUACUCGAGGAACAAUUGUUCGUCUAUGAAUUGUUGGGCGUGCCAAAGCCGAAAGAGACGACGAAGGGUUUCUUCAAGGCGCUGAAAAUUAUCGAUGAACGUUUUGGAAAAAUGUACUUGGAUUUUGGUGCACCAAUAUCUGUGCGUGAAUUCUUUGGUCACACGGCCUCUGAUCGAAUGCAGCGUGCAGCUAUGGGUGCACACUUACAAAAGUUAGAUAAACACGAGCUGGAUUUGAUUAAGAAGUUGGCUAAUGAGGUAAUUUAUCAACAGCAACGGCGCAUCGUCAUUAGUACAUUCAAUCUACUGUGUCUGUAUUAUGCUAGUCAAUUAUACGUAGGAUGUUCGGUUAACAUCGAGGAGUUAGCACGCGGAAUUACCAAGUUAAAGUAUCUAUUCGAAGAGUUAGGCGCACAUGUUGCCACCGAUUUGAAUCGCCUCAAAAUUGAAAUAAUUGAAACCGUUGAAAUACAUGCGAACAUUGUACAUUUUCAUAAUGCACGACUGCAAUUCACGCAGGUCGCUGCUGCACAACUGGCACAGGAUAUCGAUACUAAAAGACUGAAGGCACAUGCCCUACUGCCACAGACAAUGGCUGUAGCUGUGCCGGCGCUGACAUUGCAGCUGUAUAUAAAUCCCUGCAUGUUUUGGCUUGCACGGCCGGCAUAUCUGCUAUUAGCUGCACUUCAUUUACAGAGAGAGCAGCAAAAGCAAAAAGACGUCGAUAGCGUGACAUUACCUAGCAGCUAUGUCGAGGUGGUGACGUAUUUGUCGCAACGUGUAGCUAUACUUGAUGAUAUAUUCAAACAUGAAUUCAUAAUUGAGUCAAACCGAGAUUUGGAGGAGUUCGAACGAAAUCUCAAUCUACUCUCAAAUGUUGGCAUUCUAACAAUAUCAUCCGAUGGCGGCCAAAUCACAUUUCUCGAAAAUGAAUGCAGUAACGUUAUACUCUCCGCAUUAGCACCUUUUCUGUGUGUCUAUUAUCAAUUAGCUGUGGCGCUCAAUGAGUUUCCCACCACCAGUUCAGCUGCUUCUUCCACAAGUGACGAAUCCAAGGAAUUUAGCACGAAGGAUGUACUCAUACAUAUGCAAAAACGAGUAGAAAAACUUUUGCAGCAACAACAUGUCUCCAAUGUGCAUCCUUAUUGUCUGGCCCUAGACAAUUUGAAUAUUGCGUUGUACGCGUUUCAGCAAGCGGGCUAUCUGAUGAAAAACAAGGAUACUGGCAUGUUAGAGCACGCAAUUGGGAAACCUUUGCGUACAGUGGAAGUGGACAUGUUGCGUUACUGCGAAUUAUUGCCAUUCAAGCAGUACUAUAGCGCAGCCAGUGCACAAAUGAACUCUAUGCCAUCUAAGUUAUAACUAUUAAAACAGUGUAGCAAAAGUACACUGGUAACACAGGCUAAGAAUUUUCACGUGGCUAUUGUGUUUAUAGUGUUAGUUCUCGUUUUACCAAUGCUGCGUUUAUUAAUGGAUUUGUUCAUUUAGUUUUAUGGAUACAAAUUCUUGAAUACAAAAUGAAAGUUAGUUUUAGUUGAGUGAGCUUCUGAGUGCGAUGCAACAUUUAAAUAAAAAUUCAAUGGUCUUAAGGAAAAAGUGCGUAGUGUUCGGGUAAGAGCAUAAAAGAGUGAAUUAUUGCUAAGCACAACAAAUUUGUUCAAAUGAGUCCAUCGGGAAUGGACAAAUGCGGAAACACGCUGCUUAAUCGUGAGCAAUCGCUGAACAGGUUUAGGUUCCGCUCACAAAGUGUGCCAAAAAAUCGAGGG